AUGGAUCACCGCUCAACCUAUUCGGCUCGUGUCGGUGAGCCGCCGGCCGACCAAACCGACGGCACCCGCCUACACAUCCAGAAGCAGCUCGAAAGAUUUGUCCUCGACUUCCGCCACGAUAACGACUAUGUCUACAGGUACUUUCCCUGA